CUUUGGUUUGAUGCAGAAGCAGAAGGAGCUGCAGGACCAUGUGGAAUACUUUCUGCCAAACUACCUGACAGUCCAGACACAAGGAUGUCUUGGCCGGCUCUGUACACUCAGCUGGUCGGGGCGAACCGUCACUCCACCAGUCUGGGGAAGAUCUGGCUCUCCGUGCUGUUUAUUUUCCGGGUCAUGGUGCUGGUUGUUGCUGCAGAGAGCGUCUGGGGGGACGAGCAGUCGGACUUCGUCUGCAACACGCUGCAGCCUGGCUGUGAGAACGUCUGUUACGAUCAGUUCUUUCCCGUCUCCCACAUCCGUCUCUGGUGUCUUCAGCUGGUCUUCGUCUCCACGCCGACACUCCUGGUCGCCAUGUACGUGGCCUACCGGAACCACAAAGACAAGAAGAGGCUCAUGCAGAGUUCUGGCAGAGCUGGUUUCCUCAGCAACAAGGGUCAGGAGGAGGAGGUGGAGGCUCUGAAGAAGCGCAGACUCCCGAUAGCCGGAGCUCUGUGGUGGACGUACGCCUGCAGCCUGCUGUUCCGGCUGCUGUUUGAAGGAGGAUUCAUGUACGCCCUGUAUGUGGUGUACGACGGCUUCCAGAUGCCCCGGCUGGUGCAGUGUGACCAGUGGCCGUGUCCCAACCUGGUCGACUGCUUCAUCUCACGGCCCACAGAGAAAACCAUCUUCACUGUUUUCAUGGCCACGGCCUCCUCCAUCUGCAUGGUCCUUAACAUGGCCGAACUCGCGUAUCUUGUCGCCAAGGCUGUCACUAGGGCUCUGUGUGGUCAGAGGGAGAGGAGAGCCAGCAGGGACAGAACGCAGAGUAAGACCAACCAGAGGUCACUUGUCUCAACCUGAGGAGCAACAGGACGGAUCCAGAGACUGAAUACACUGUAAAGCUGCAUAGUUCCAAGUGGAGCACAUGUGAAUGAGCCGUCAGUGUAAAUACAAGUGAGCACGUUGAAUGAAAUCAAAGUGAAAUUUUCUGUGAAACCCGGAUUGUUGAAAUGAAACAUUCAAGGGGUGGAGAGGAUGUCAGCGACUCUAGACUGUAUUUAAAGACCGGAUGUCAAUAAUUUGUACCAAAGCGUUGUUCGUAGAGCAGCUGGACGAUGUGAUCACGUGUUGUCUAUUCUUACAUUAGGGUUCUAACUAAUGCAACAAUAGACGAACACAGAUGGUUCAAAGUUCCAUCGACUGGGCAGAAAGAAAACUGCAUGAGGAGAUGUGUGAGGGUUCACUAGCAGCUACACACUCUGUAUACUGUGUACACACACACACACACACAUGGUUGUACUUUUCAUGGAUUCAUUGAAUAACAGUUCAUUGAAUAGAAACACACUCACA